CAUUAUUCGUUGUUUAGCCGUGCCGUGCGCGUCGUCGUCGCAGCAAGCAUCAGACGACGUCAGUCCGUUGCGUCAGUAAUAACAAUUUACUAUUUUUUUUCCAAUUCCAAUUUGGCAACAAAUAAGAUUAAAAAACAUACAUGUGUACAUACAUAAAAACUUAGACAAUAUAAAUCAAAAGUAACGGUGCCUAUUGCUAGUGCAAUACCCAACCACCAAAAACUAAACAACAACAACUAAAGUGCAUCCCACACCAAAAGCAACAACAAUAAGAAACAGCAGCAGAAGAAGAAGCAUAAGUCGAAAAGAAGCAACAACAAACUUACCAAAUUUCAACUGUAAACGUGUCGACCCAAAUCUAAGUGACUCCCUCUUUCUUUCGGUUGCUCGUUUGUUCACUCUCUCGUGUUCGUUGUUUGUGUGAGUGCGAUUAAGUGUGUGUGCGUGUGUGUGUGUGUGUGUGUGUGUGUGUGCGUGCGUGCCUGUGUGUGUGUGUGCUUGUGAGAGAGUGGGCGGCUGGUUGAGACGCGGCUAUGUCAUCGGGCGGCAUAAAAAACCUACUGGAAGCUGCUCAAUACCUUGAGCAGCAGGAAGAGCUCCAGCGUUCACCGUUGAUGGCGGGCGGCGGAGGCGGCGUUGCCAUCAGUAUUGGCGGGCAGAAUCAGCCAGUGCAUUUCAUUAAUGGCACUAUCUACUCAAGCAGCAAAAGCAUUGUCCACAACAACAACAAUAGUGCAAGCCAACUCAACAGAAACAACACGCCAACAGCAGCAGCAGCCGCGCUAACAGCAAUAACAACACCCGCCAUCGUAAACAGCCAUAACGGACUGACUAACGGCAUCGCUGCAGCAGCAGCGGAAUCAUCGGCAGCAGCAAGGGUCGGCCUCAGUCCACACAGUCCAUUACUUGUUGCUCAUGAUUAUGAGUACGCUGGUGGCGUUGGCAGCGGCGCCGCCACGGUCGUUGUCGCUGACAGUAAUGGGCAGUUGGAGUCAACGGCAACAGCAACGGUAACGGGACGCAACAGCGAAAGUCACAUCAUUUCGGAGGAUGAAAAUUCCUCGUCCAAAACCAACUCCUACCCCCAACAACAACAACAAGUAGCAACAGGCAGAGCAGCGGUGGCAGCAGCAACAACAGCAGCAGCAGCAGCAGCAGCAGCAACAGCAGCAGCAGCAACAACAACUGCAACAAAAUUAGCUAAUUCCGGCCGGUUCGAUGGGUCCACCUUUGUGGUGCUGGCAUCGGGCUCAUCGCCGUUGCAGGUGCAGGUGCCGGCUACGGUCACGGCUGCGGUUAGCACUGCUCGAACUACGCCCCCGCUGAAGCACAAGCUAACAGCGGGCGCUGGCUCCCAGUUACCGUGCAAGUAUUACGUGUUGGCAGACGCCAAAGGCGUCUGUUCAACGCAAACGCCAAUAGCCGGUGCCGGAAAUGCAGCCGGUGCCGGAGCCGGAGCCGGAACCGGAGCCGGAGCCGGAGGAGCCAUUGGAACAGUUGGCUCAGCAGCCAGCUUGACCUUGGCCAACUUCCAGCCGCUGACAAGUCAGACGCCCAAAUCGCAAAUAACGCUUACCCCGCCCCCGAUGGCCACACGCCGAUUGAUUGAGCCGCAGGCCAGAAUCCGCUCGUACUCAAUGCCCUCCCAUAAAAUUUCAGCGCAACCGCAUGGGUUGGAGGAUGCGCACAUGAGCUAUGUGCUGGCCGGAAGAGCCUCGAACACAACAACCACUUCGUACCGACCCAUCUUCAAUGUUCAGCAGCAACAGCAUCACCACCACAGCCAGCACCAGGCCUCGGCCGCAUCCGCCUCCAGCUCGGCGCCAGUGACGGGAUCUCAGCUGACCGGACACGGCGGUCGCAGACGCACCAUCAGUUCCAACAGCAAUGGGGCGGGCACGCGUGAGGUGCACAAUAAGCUAGAAAAGAAUCGGCGCGCACACCUCAAGGGCUGCUACGAGGUGCUGAAGAACGAGCUGUCGCUCAAGGAUGAGGAUCGCAAAAAGACAUCCAAUUUGACAAUACUCGACAAGGCGCACAAAACUGUCUUGCAACUGUCAAAGUACAACCGGGAACAGGAGGCAGAGAUGGAGAACUUGUCCAAACAGAAGAUUGAGCUGCAAAAGCGCCUCAGCAGCCUAAAACGCCCCGCGGAUCAGAGCAUUCCACUCAGCGACAAAGAUGCCAAUGAAGCCGUUUGCCUGGCAACCAGCAACGCCAACGUCCACAGCACAUCGUCAUCAUCUUCACCAUCAUCUUUAUCAGUAUCAUCAUCGUCAUCAUCAGCGUCGUUAUCUCCAUCGUCAGUGGCCGGAGCAGCCCCACCCAUUCUGUUCGACGGCACCGCCACGCCCGUCUGUGCCGCUGGUUUUAUAACAACGGCCAUGUCAUCUGUGAUAAGCAAGAGCAACGCGAACAGCGGCAAGCACAACAACAACAACAACAAUGCGACCUCUGCUGCUGCUGCUGUCAGCUAUGCACAGAGUGCGAUUUCGCUGUCGAGUCCCGCCGCUGCAGCUACCGUCGUUGCCAUGGGCUUGCUUAAGAACAACAACAACAAUAACACUCAUAACAACAAUAACAAUGGGAACAGCGUCAAGCACUGCAACAACAAUGUCAACUUUGCACAGGGCUCAUUGCUUAAUCACAGCGCCGCCGUUGCCAUAAACCUGCUCAAGAAUAGCAACAACAACAACAACAAUAGCAACAAUAGCAACAACGGCCACAGCAACGGCUCACCCACAGCAUUGUCGCCGUCGCAACAGAGCAGCCCAGCGGGCAGCCCCAAUGUGGCCGGCGUAACAUUGACGACACGCGGCUCACCAACGCCAUCGACGCCGUCGCCAUCGCCGAGCUCCUCGUCGAGCGGGGUCUCGUCGUCGUCCUCGUUCAAUGGCUCCUCGUCAUCGUCCUCAUCGUCGUCCUCAUCGUCAGCGUCCAGCUCAUCAACGUCGCCCGCCUCAUCGGCCAGUUCCUCGCCGCCGACGCAAACGCAGACGCAGCUGCAGGCGACGACGACGACGCAUUUGCUGGGCGGCACGCGCGGCGCCAACAUCAAGUUCCAUGGCGGUGCCAGCGCUGGCGCCACCAUUGUAACUGCAACAGCGCCCAAUGCGGCCGCAGCCAAUGGACAUGCUGCUGGCUUUCAUCAGACGGACAAGGAUCGCAAUUACAAUUUCUUGAUACGCAGCGGCACUGCGGCGCAGUAAGUUGCAACAGUCAGAGCGGCAACAGCAACAAUAACAAUAAUAAUACACCUAAAUCAACUAAAACAACAACAACAACUGAAUUGUGUGCAACAGCUCCCACCUUAUAAAAAAUUUAACAAACAACAAAACAAACAAAAAAAUAUAAAAACAAAAACGAAAUGAAAAACAAAACAAGUAGACAAGCCUCUUGUACUCAACUCUUUGUUUCUUCGAUUUCUGCCAUGCAACAGCAACAACAACAAGAACAACAAUCGCACACAGCUGCAGCAGCAACAGCAACAACAGCAACAAGCAUAACAGUUCCGCCCAACAUUCAAGCAUCGAUAUUGAAAAUCAAAAAA